GUCGGCGGUUGAAGCGUUGUCGGGGACCCGCCGCUUGCGAUCACAUCUCUCCGCUGGUAUCUGUCCGCUCGGCGCUCGGCCACCAUGGCUGUGCUGGCGGCGCUUCUGCGUGGUGGCGCCCGUGGGCGCAGCCCCCUGCUUCGGAGGCAGAUGCAGGAAAUAAGAUAUGUGGAACGAAGUUAUGUAUCAAAACCCACUUUGAAUGAAGUGGUCAUAGUAAGUGCUGCAAGAACACCCAUUGGAUCCUUUCUAGGCAGCCUUUCCUCUCUGCCAGCCACUAAACUUGGUUCCAUUGCAAUUCAGGGAGCCAUUGAAAAGGCAGGGAUUCCAAAAGAAGAAGUGAAAGAAGCAUACAUGGGUAAUGUUCUACAAGGAGGUGAAGGACAAGCCCCUGCAAGGCAAGCAGUACUGGGUGCAGGCUUACCUAUUUCUACUCCAUGUACCACUGUAAACAAAGUUUGUGCCUCAGGAAUGAAAGCCAUCAUGAUGGCCUCUCAGAAUCUUAUGUGUGGACAUCAGGAUGUGAUGGUGGCAGGUGGGAUGGAGAGCAUGUCCAAUGUUCCCUAUGUAAUGAACAGAGGAGCAACACCAUAUGGUGGCAUAAAGCUUGAAGAUUUGAUUGUAAAAGAUGGGCUAACUGAUGUCUACAAUAAAAUUCAUAUGGGCAACUGUGCUGAAAAUACUGCAAAGAAGCUGAAUAUUGCACGAGAUGAACAGGAUACUUAUGCUAUUAACUCCUAUACCAGAAGUAAAGCAGCAUGGGAAGCUGGAAAAUUUGGAAAUGAAGUUGUUCCUGUCACAAUUACAGUAAAAGGUAAACCAGAUGUAGUGGUGAAAGAAGAUGAAGAAUAUAAACGUGUUGAUUUUAGUAGAGUUCCAAAGCUGAAGACGGUUUUCCAAAAAGAAAAUGGUACAGUAACAGCUGCCAAUGCCAGCACACUGAAUGAUGGAGCAGCUGCUAUGGUUCUGAUGACUGCAGAUGCAGCCAAGAGGCUCAGUGUUAAACCACUGGCAAGAAUAGCAGCAUUUGCUGAUGCUGCUGUAGAACCUAUUGAUUUUCCAGUUGCACCUGCAUAUGCUGUACCUAAGGUUCUUAAAGAUGCAGGAUUGAAAAAAGAAGAUAUUACAAUGUGGGAAAUAAACGAAGCCUUUAGUGUGGUCGUACUAGCAAACAUUAAAAUGCUAGAGAUUGAUCCCCAAAAAGUGAAUAUCAAUGGAGGAGCUGUUUCUCUUGGACAUCCAAUUGGGAUGUCUGGAGCCAGGAUUGUCGUCCAUUUGGCUCAUGCCUUGAAGCAAGGAGAAUAUGGUCUUGCCAGUAUUUGCAACGGAGGAGGAGGUGCUUCUGCCAUGCUGAUCCAAAAGCUGUAGACAACUUCUGUUGUCUAAGGCAACAACCCUAUGUAGCCAGAAAGGCCUGCUGUAAUCAGGGUGACUGAUUACCCUGGGUCAGCUUGUAUGAAAAUAAUCUGUUUCACUUUUUAUUAUUUUCAACUCUUUUUAAAAAAAUAAGAUAAAAAAUCAAAUCCCCAAACCUUUUGAGAUUACACAGUAAUUUUUUCUUCUAAUUUACAUUGUUUCUAAUCUUGAGCACAUUUUUGUUAUAAGGCUGUACUGUUUAAAAUACCACUGUGCAAUAUUAGUGACUUAUAAGUAGCUAGAAGCUUCCAUUUUAGAGAAUAAAUCUUAAUUUACAUUUUU